AUGUUGCCUCUCACCCUCCUUCUGCCGUUGAGCGCCAUCGUCCUCCCGGUCCACGGCGAGGUCGUCAAGAACGGCUCAACAUGCAUCGUCACGCCCCUCUCCGACACCAACGCCGCCUUCGCCGUCCCGCGGUCGGACGGUGGUGGACUCGCCCGCGCGACCGUCGACGACACCCCGCAGAUCCUGUCCGCCUUCUCCCAGUGCGGCCAGGACGGCACCAUCAUCCUCCGCCCGGGGACGUACCACAUCCGGCAGGUCAUGGACACGACGAACCUGCGCAACGUCAGCGUCGAGAUCUACGGCACGCUCAUCUGGAGCGCCGACAACCUGUCGUACUGGCGCCAGAAGAGCUUCAGCGUGACCUACGCGGGGCGCCAGACGGCGUGGCGGAUCGGCGGGCGGGACAUCGCGCUGCGGGGGUUUGGGCAGGCCGUGUUCGACGGGAACGGGCAGGCGUGGAUCGACUUGGCCCGCGGCGCGUCGAAUCUGGACGGGCGGCCCAUCUCGUUGACGGUCUGGCAUGGGACGAACGUGCUGAUUGAUGGGAUUACUUGGCGCAUGGCGCAGUUCUGGCACACUUUCGUGGCCUACUCGCAGAACGUGACCAUGACGAACCUGGUCAUGAACACCCUCUCGAGCAACUCGUACAGCUCGCAGAACACGGACGGCACUGACACCUGGAACUCGAAGGACAUCACCAUCUCGAACUGGACCGUCACAUGUGGUGAUGACUGCAUCGCGAUUAAGGGCAACAGCAGCAACGUCCACGUCAGCAACGUCGUCUGCCACGAGUCGGGCGCCAUGACCAUAGGCAGCGUCGGCUCCAACGCGCGGCAGCCCGACUACGUCGAGAACAUCGUCUUCGAGAACAUCACGGCCAUCCACUCGAGCAACUCGGCCUGGAUCAAGACGUACCCCGGCACAGGCUACGUGCGCAACGUCACCUUCCGCAACAUCUACGGCGAGGACGUCAACCAGCCCAUCUACGUGACCUCGUGCAUCUACUCGUACCAGAACUGCGACUCCUCCCACCUCGCCAUCAGCGACAUCCGCUGGGAGAACAUCACGGGCACGAGCCGGUACAACGUGGCGGCGGCGAUCCACUGCAGCGGCGCGGCGCCCUGCGACAACCUCCACUUCUCGGACAUCAACAUCAAGCCCAAGAACGGCGGGACGGCCAAGGUGCUGUGCUCCAACAUCAAGAACCAGGCCACCAUGGGCCUGCAGUGCACCGGCCCCUGUCCCGGGUCGCAUCCGCAGCAGUUGUCGGGGAAUGUGUGA